AUGGUGCUUUCCAAUGGGCGGCGCGUGAGGUCGAGUACGGCGCGCGAGGUCAAGUACGGCGGGCCACUGACCUCUCGCGGUUCCCAGCAGUAUCGCGCAUUGACAGUGCCAGAACUCACACAACAGAUGUGGGAUUCCAAGAACAUGAUGUGCGCUGCUGACAAAAGGCACGGUCGCUACCUUACUGCGUCGGCCAUGUUCAGGGGCAAGAUGAGUACCAAGGAGGUUGAUGAGCAAAUGAUAAAUGUGCAGAACAAGAACUCUUCCUACUUUGUGGAGUGGAUUCCGAACAAUGUGAAGUCCAGCGUGUGCGACAUUCCUCCCAGGGGACUUUCCAUGGCUUCCACAUUCACUGGGAAUUCGACUUCCAUCCAGGAAAUGUUUAAGAGGGUGAGCGAGCAGUUCACUGCCAUGUUCAGGAGAAAGGCUUUCUUGCACUGGUAUACCGGUGAAGGAAUGGACGAAAUGGAAUUCACCGAGGCGGAGAGCAACAUGAAUGAUCUCGUGUCCGAGUAUCAGCAAUAUCAAGAUGCGACUGCCGAUGAGGAAGGCGAUUAUGAAGAUGAGGAGGAGGAAAUACCGGAUGACGUGUGAGAGUUAGCAGCGGAAGUGUAAUGGAUGCAUGAGUGUUUGUUAUUGCGUUAUUACGUGUCUGCGGUAGUAUCAAGGGGCUACUGGACCGGUAGGGAAAAGAACUUGCUAAUAUCAUUUUGGAAGGUCCGGGAUCGGGUGGUGUUCGCGAUAUCUUUUUACCUUGUUGUUGGUUCCAGAUGUGUCGUCCUUUUUCUCUCAUUCUACAGACAACAACAUUUCAUGUGAAUCUAUCAUAUGUUCAUCUGCGAUCUCCAUUUUGCUA